ACGCUGGUGUUAACCUGCUGCUACAUUCGGAAUAAAUGUGCGCAUUUGCUACAAAUAAAUUAUUUCAUUUAUAUUUAUUGAGAUAAAAGUAAAUUAAUGAAAAAAUAUAUAAUAAUUUUAAAAAUUUAGUGAAAUUUUUUAGAAACAAUAUUAAUGAUAAAAUUUCAUACGGAAUUACAUAUUGCUUGAAAUAUAAUACUUGAAUACAGUGUAUGGUGUGCAUAACGGCAUGAAUAAUUAAUAAAGUAUUUAAAAUUAAUAAAAAAUGAAACAUAGUACAUAUUAAAAUAUAAUACAUUUUUGAAGUGUUUUGUGAAUAAAAAUAUUUUCACGCUGCAUGUGUUGGCGAAAUGAUUUGACUUAACUAAUUUACCAACAACUACUUGCGCCUAAAAUAACAACAAUAUUAUUUGAAAAACUACAUUAUUGUGGACGGUUUUUGAAAACUUUUGCCAAAUUUGUUAACAACAGCGGCACUUUUUGGCAGCGAUAAAUAAACAACAAAGACAGCAAAUAGAAAUAAAAUAAAAAGGUGACUUCGUCAACUCUUCUUUGUAGUUGUGUUGUCGCGUGCGUGCAAAAAGUGAAUUGUAAUAAAAUAUUGCGCCAAAAGGACUGGAAAGCUCGAAAAGCCACCAUCACAUCCGCACACCCGCACAUCCUUAUCGCGCAACCGGUGGCCCCUUCUUCAGUUACCAUUGCUGUUGCGUCAAUAGGCUAUGGUUAUGGUGAGUUCGGCGGUUUUAGGCGCCGCCACGGGCACCGGCCUGGCCCUGUUGCUUGCGGUCACAAUUGUUAUGUACCGUUACUAUUUGUUGCGUAAACGCGGCAAAGAAUGGGACGAACUGGAUCGUUGGGAAGAGACGCGCAUCAUGCGGAAACUCCAAUUGAAGGAAGUUAACGUGGUUAAAGAGACCCAACCCAUACAACCGCCAGCGACUUUUGGCGGUUCAGCGCAUAUUGUAAAUGCAGACGUGUUGCGUGGACCUGCAGAGGUACUCCACAGUCCGUUACACUUACAUCAUCAGAGUCGCUCUUUUCCACCGCGUCUACAGCGCACACCAUCUAUUUCCAGUCAGUCGAGUAUUGACAGCGCGCCAUCCAGACAUUCAGGACACCGUGGCUCUUCGCCUCAGAUUCGUACAUUUGGACCCGAUGGUCGAAGUUCUCUACCCGCCGACCCAGGCUUUCCUCAUCAUUUGGCACGCUCACCAAGUCCAAUGCGCACCAUUUCGUUGGAUGCCCGUUGCGGUAGCCCCGCUUCGACUGAUGUCAGUGACUUGCGUACGCCCAGUCCAUCACAGAGUAGCCUCGCCUCAAUAGCCGGUGGUUCGGUGGUCUCGAAUAUAAGUAUGAACUCUGCAAAAGUAGGUCGCUGCCUUUCCCCACUACUAAUACCGCCACGUACACCUGCAGGUGUGGACCCUGCCAUUGGACCGGCAUCACCGCUGGGCGCUUUGCAGCCAGAUUUAUAUCGUGUACCGGAUGGUCCAAUAUAUUUGACAGCACCUGAAUCCAGUCCAGCCUUAGGACGUUUGCAUUUGCGUGUAAAAUAUGACUAUCACCUUUUCGAUUUGACCGUGCACCUGAUUGAAGCUCACAACCUUUGCCCAAUUGAGGAGGGUGGCUUUCGCGAUCCCUAUGUACGCCUAAUGCUUGAACCUGAGGUAGACAAUCGAAAACGCCAAACACACAUACAUCGCGGAGAAUCAAAUCCUUACUUUGAUCAACAUUUCAAAUUCCCCGUUUCACGCGAUCAACUACAAGGCAAAGAACUCAAAUUACAGGUGCUCGACUAUGAUCGCUACUCCCACAAUGAUAUAAUCGGAGAAGUACGUAUCUCUGUCGAUGAGCUGGAUCUUUCAAAAUCCGUGGAGAUUUGGGGAGAUUUAUUACGUGUAAAAAAACCACAAGAGAAUCGACCGGAGCUCUUAUGUUCACUGAAUUAUUUGCCUCAGGCCGAACGACUGACAGUUGUCAUCAUGAAAGCAAAGAACUUGGACACAAUACAAGAACCAUAUGUAAAGAUUUAUCUAAUUCAAAAUGGUAAACGUGUAAAAAAGAAGAAGACUAGCAUUAGCAAAUCUGAUGAUCCCGCCAAUCCAAUCUGGAACGAAGCGUUCACAUUUAAUCUGCAAUCUGCCUAUCUGCACAAUGCAGCAGUAGAGAUAUACGUAGUUGGAUCCGGUGGUGAGGCCACAGAGAUUGGCAGUUGCGGUCUAGGGCCGCAAGAAAUCGGUACUGGCUGCCAGCACUGGCAUGACAUGAUAAAUAAUGCGCGCAAACCGACAGCAAUGUGGCACUUUAUACGCUAAGGUGUAUGUACACUCCUUAAAUGCAUGUAUUUAUGUACAUA